AUGAACUAUUCAAUGCCAGAAUCUGAUAUUUUAAAACGCCUGUCCUGGGGAAAAGGCGUACAAAAUCUAUUUGGAAGGCUCUGGAUUCAUGAGGUGGCCGAUGUCAGAGCUCUAGGAUGUUCCAGGCUUUUCGUUCCACAUCAUUUACUGGACCGAAUUGGACAGGAGCUCCUCCAUCUGGCAGCUAGUGAACCCUGUGGCCUGAGAGGAGCUCUAAUUGACUUACGUGUAGAGAAUGGUAAUACCUAUCAGACUAUUGGGCAGAUAUCUGUGGACUCUUAUACUGUACCAACUUUUCAUUUGACAUUUCUGCUGCGCCCUGAUGAAGGACUGCGGCCAAAGUUUACAAGUAAUCUUAAUAAUUCUGUUAGCACAGGCUUCACAGUAGUCAAAAGUUUCAGCAAUAGCUACCCAAUAACGUUCAACUUUGCCAAUAUUAUGAGGGUGAGGAAAGACAACACAUUCCACAGCCACACCGAUAUAGGUUCUUUUUUUGCAGUUUCUGGAACUGGCACAAAUUCCCACCCUACUUUUAGUGAGGUUUAG